UUCGAGUGGUUGACCCAACAUUAGCAUCAUCAAGAGCCAGAAAAUCUUUAUAAAUUCGUCUUAUAAUUAUUUCUUGUGCUUCCUUCUCAUCUGCCACAGCGUCACCUAGCUUCAUCCGAUCGUAUUCAACGAGUUUAAUUAACUCGAUUUGAGUCGUCCCCGAAUGAUUUUCCCUCAGUUCCGAUGCCCCCAAUAAAAGAUCCUUCGUUCAUGCUAAUCCCAAGCCCUUCAAGUCCCAAACAAAAGCUAAAGAGCAGGGCUACGCCAAGCAUCCAAAAUCCGAAAACCAUGCAUCGAUCUUUCGACCACAUCUCCUCCCUCGCUUUCUUUCUCCUCCUCCUCCUCCUCUCUCGCCCCGGCUUCGCAGCCCGACUCCUCCCAGACCCCAUGCCACUGUUAGCCGCCAACGCCACCGCCGAGAACACCACGUGGCAUGGCUUCGCCAAGUUUCUUGACGUCGGCAAGGGGGCCGAAGUCCCCGGCAUGUCGGAGCUCAAGAAGUACUUCAACCAUUUCGGCUACCUCUCGGUCCCGGACUCCAACUUGACUGACGUCUUUGACGGCGAGUUCCAGUCCGCCCUGAUCGCGUACCAGACGAGGCUCGGGCUGCCGGUCACCGGCAAGCUCGACUCUGACACCGUGUCCACGAUCACGACGCCGAGGUGCGGCAUGAGCGAUGCCGCCUCCCCCCACGGGCUCCACACCACCCGCCACUUCGCCUACUUCUACGGCAGGCCGAGGUGGGCCCGCGGAGCGCCGGCGACGCUGACCUACGCCUUCUCCCCGAGCAACAUGAUCAGCUACCUAACCACGGACGAGGUGAGGGCGGCUUUCCAGGGGGCCUUCGCCAGGUGGGCGGCGGUGAUCCCCAUGAGCUUCGAGGAGGUCGAGGACUACGAGGCGGCCGACGUCCGGAUCGGCUUCUACCACGGCAGCCACGGCGACGGCGAGCCCUUCGACGGGGUCCUGGGGGUGCUGGCCCACGCCUUCUCCCCGGAGAACGGGCGGUUCCACCUGGACGCGGCGGAGACGUGGGCGGUGGACUUCGGCCGGGAGAGGUCGAAGGUGGCGGUCGACCUGGAGUCCGUGGCGACGCACGAGAUCGGGCACGUGCUGGGGCUGGCGCACUCCUCGGUCAAGGAGGCCGUGAUGUACCCGAGCCUGAGCCCCCGGGCGAGGAAGGUGGACCUCCGGAUCGACGACGUGGAGGGCGUGCAGGCGCUGUACGGGUCAAACCCGGAUUUCAAGCUCAGCUCCUUCUUGCAAUCGGAGGAAUCCUCCGACAGCUCCGGCGGCCUGGGGACGAGGUUGUCCCGGUGGACCGCUUCUGUGCCACUUUUGGUGCUGCUCUCCUUCUUGUCGUGCUGAAAGUUACGUGGCCACUACUUAGCUUAGCGUAGCCACGGGCUUUCCCCACUCACUUUGUGGGGGAUUUCAUUAUUCUUUUGACAUUACAGGUAUAGAAAAAAAAAAUUUAGAAAAAAAUUAGGAGGAUCAUUUCACCCACAUGUGUGGAGGUGAGAGAACGCUUUUGGGCCUCCCUAAUUUGUUCUCACAUUAUUAGUGAAUACAUUGGUUCUUUUUUUUUUCUUUAGCUUUUGUGGGUAUUCAUUGUAUGUAGACUUAUCAAAAUGAGCCAUAAAUUCCUUUUAUUAACUCA